CGUAAUGCAAAACUCCCAGGGCAUUUCGUCACCGUCCUCAGGCCAUCCACCGAAUAAAACUCUACCUCCCAGGCCAUUCAUCCUUCGCCGAGGCAAAAACAUUCACCCAAGUGACUGGAGGUAGGGGAAGAAAACACACAAGCAACUAUGGCCCCGCUCCGUGUCCUUUCGGUGAUCGCCGCCACCGCCAUCCUGUUUGCCCUCACCCUCGCCGACACCACCGUCGCCACCAAGACUGCUGACUACGUCGUCCAGGGCCGCGUCUACUGCGACACGUGCCGUGCGGGGUUCGAGACAAAUGUCACCGAGUACAUCAAGGGUGCCAAGGUCAGGCUGGAGUGCAGACGCUAUGGCAAUAACGUCCUUGAGCGCUCGAUCGACGGUGUCACCGACGAGACUGGCACUUACAAAAUCGACCUCAAGGACAGCCAUGUGGAGGACAUUUGCGAGGUCGUCCUCAUCCAAAGCCCCCUCGCAAACUGCCAUGAGAUCCAGAACCUCAGGGACCGUGCCCCUGUUCUGCUCACCAGGAACGUUGGCAUCAGCGACAACCUGCGCUUAGCCAAUCCACUCGGUUACCUCAAGGAUGUGCCACUGCCCGUCUGCCCUGACCUGCUCAAGAUGUUCAACUUGACUGCUGGUGAUGAUGACGAUGACCAGUGAGGGGAUGGUCGCCAUGGCACCACCUGAGAGUCUCCACAUAUCGUAUAUAAGUUACCUGACCUGCAAAUAGCAUGGUUGUAUCAGCCAAGUACAGCAUCCAUGCAUAGCUGUCUCAAAACAUGGAAAUUGUAACUUUGCCAUCGAUCUAAUGCUACUUACAGCCUUGUGAUCUA